AACAGUAACCAUUCUGCACUGAAGAUGGCAUUAUGAUAACGUCGAAACAUGUUUGCUUUCAAAAAAAUCGUCGACUUUCAUUUUUGCCGUUCAAAAGCUUUUGAUAUUGAGGGAUGCAUAACAAAUUGAUUUACACAGCAAUACUCAGUUAGGGUUCCUUGGUCGAGUAUAAGAAAAUUUACAAGAAUCCACUCUUGUUAUCACCAAGGCAAGGAACCAAAAACGUCUCUUCAAAAUUUGCGUAUUCGUGUGUUUUUUGAAGCUUAAACCUCUUCGCUUCGAAUAGAAAUUGCUCUAGCUCGGGAAAACAUGUUAAAACCGAUGAAGUCAUUUUUGAUUCGUAAUGUCCGGCAGCAACUGACUGCGAGAACAGUCGUCGGCGCUAUAGCAGUAUAUUGCUUGUUAAAAUCGAUACAAUACAGCGUUGACUAUUACAACAACUACGACAAGUAUUUCGUGAAGGUGGAUAAUUUAGAUAUAAUACAGGCGGAUUUCCAUUGUACAAGCUCCCUAUCUAACGACUCGUGUACAAUAGAAACCGAAGAAGCCUUAAUGAUGUGUUUCAACAUGGGAAGUAAAUGUUUCGGAGUGACUUAUAACUUCGGAACGAAAACGGCCACAUUCAAGCGUGGUAAAAAUGGCAAACCGAAAUUCUCACUUGGUAUUGUCACCACAUACAAAAAUGAAUAUAAAGACCUUUUGAUGUUGAAAGAAUCAGACGAAUGUGCGCCGGUGAGGGUAAGGUGUUUACCUAAGUUCACAUCAGAAAGAAGGGAAGAAGCGAAUACUAAAACAUCAAACAAGAUAUGCAAUAUUCCCAACAUUGACCCAUUUGAUUCUACUGUCAUGAAAAUGGUAAAGAAAGUGGAGCCUCUGGUUUGCAAAGGAGAAAAAAACUUGACAUUUUAUAGAAAUGGAAAGUUGACGCUAACAUCAGCUGGAAGAUUAAGAGCAAUCAAGGCAGAAUAUGAAGUUAUUACAGGACGUAGCAACUCUGGAGAAUGGUUUAAUGUCAAGGAAAAAGGCACCCUUACACCAUCAAAGCCAGAGGUGAUCCUUAACGAAGACAUGGUGUAUGUCGAGAUUCACAAAACAGAUAAUGAAAUUCAAAAAGAAUUUCACAUGGAAGUGAAUUCUCGUGAUGAAAUACUAAACAGAGUUCCUCAAAAGAAACCAGGAAUACCACUGAACAUUAUGAUGGUGGGCUUAGAUUCUACUUCCCAUGCACACUUUCAACGAAAGCUAGAUCCGAUAUACAAGUACCUUAAGAAUGAUUUGAAAUCACAAAUAUUCAAUGCGCAAUCCAUUGUUGGUGAUGGAACAACUGCAGCAUUGAUAGCAAUGCUGGUUGGACGACAUAUUGAUGAGUUGCCUGAAGGAAGAAGAGGGAAAACUUCUGCCAAAUGCCUAGAUCGUUGGCCAUGGAUAUUCAAAGACAUGAGUGCGCAUGGCUACGCAACAUUUUACAAUGAAGACGAGGUUUUCUGGGGCGCUAUUACCACACGUCUUAAAAGUUUCUGCAAACCGCCAAUCGACCAUUACCUUCUACCGUUAUGGUACGUAGCGUUGGAUAGACUCUCGACAAAGUACCAAAAGAUGGUUGGUGGUAUGAAUUACGUGAAGGGACAUUGCCUUGGUUCGCAGGCCAUUUAUAAUAUCAGCUUCAACAGUAUAAAAAGCUUCUUCAAAGCGUAUCCCAAUCAAUUGAAAUUUGGUUUUCAAAUAAGCUCCGACUUUUGCCAUUACGAAAAUUUCAAUUUCAUAUCGUUGGUUGAAGAUGAUCUUUUAUCGUUUUUAAAGUACUUCAAAACAGAAGGUUACCUCAAUAACACUAUACUUAUAUUAUUUGGUGAUCAUGGUUUACGAUACGGUUUCGUACGUUCUACCGUCCUUGGACGCAUGGAGGAACGGCUACCGUUUCUGUCAGUCACUUUACCGGAGUGGUUUGAAAAGGUCUAUCCAAAACUUUACGAGAAUAUACAGAGGAACAGACAUGUUCUAACUACGCCGUUUGAUAUUCACGCUACAUUCCAACAUAUCCUCAUGUACCCACGCGAACCUCGGGAACUUCCUCACGGCAAGAGUUUGUUCACUGAUAUAGGAUGGAGGACCUGCGAGCAGGCUGGCAUCCCUUUUCAUUUCUGCCCAUGCGUGGAUUGGAAAGACGUUGAGGUCGAUAAUGAAGACGUACAAAAAAGUGCGUCAGCUGUAGUUGACAUGAUCAACGAAAGAUUGACAAAAAAUAGCGUGGAGGCAAAAUGCGCUCGACUGAAUUUGAAAGAAGUCAUCUCGGCGAAGCUCAUCACGUCAAAAGGAGGAGAAGAGGAAACGAAUCGUGGACAGUUCACGAUGAGCAAGAUUCUCAAAGGAGGAUGCAUGUAUCAACUCCAACUGAUAACGUCACCAAACAACGGCAUGUACGAGUCUACGGUGCAACUGAUCAGCGGCAUUCCAAACGUCAAUCAACAACUUAGCCGAAUCAACGCAUACAAAGACCAAUCAGAUUGCAUAAGAAAAACGCAUCCGUUUCUACGUGAAGUAUGCUUUUGUCAUGGAGCGACGCCUUCAAAAACGUAGUUCUCAAUAUGAAUAUGGUUCCAGCAUCCACCUAGCGACAGUAGUUAAACUAGCACAUUUCAAACCAAAUUUACCGUCUUUGGAUGUUUGUCUUGCAUACGAAUGAAAUUCCCGUGGUGUAUAGAUGAGAAAAUUGACCAUGCAGUCACGGAGGAAGACAACAGUUCAAAUGACAAAAAUUCUUUUUAUUACGAUUGGUAGAUUUUGGGAAGUGUGCGCCAUUAAACAUUUUAAAAUCAAGAAUGCUUUUGCUUAAUUUUUUGAAUUUUGGAAUAUUAGUAUUUUGGCAUCUCUCCUGCACCCCUUGUAUCCAAGGCUACGAGUUGUGCGCAGCCCUGAUGUGCAAUCUCUCUAGCCUGCAUCCCACAUUCUCCAGAUUAAGUGUCUGUGGUAUAUUUACGUCCCUGGAUGGCUUGGUGUUUUGGCCUUCAAAAUAAAGGAAAAUCCGGAAAAUUUGACCACGAAAAUCAUUGUUUAAUGGAACUAUAAAAUGUUUAGGUACAAGUCUUCAGCAAGUACAACGUUUCAUUGUAGGUAUCGUUCACAUAUUUGGCCAAAUUUGGGAGAUUUUGGUUUUGUUUUUGAAUCCUUUUUAGAUCUUGUUAGCAGCCGAGUAGAAAUAAUAAAAGUAUUUAAGAAAACAA